UUCCUUUAUUUGCUCUUGUGCUUUACAAGCAAUUUUUACUCCAGGGGAGUGGUGGUUUUCCUUUUGAAGUACUGGGUGUUGGAAAUUAAGUCCUUCUACCCAACCUUCCCCUAAACAUAUAUUAAACUUAAAAUUACAAUUAAAACAUCAACACUAUAUCUUUCAGUGUGCAAUACUUCUUGUGGUUAAUCAAACAAUGAGUCUCUCAGCCUCAGUUUCAGCCAUCUCUUCAAGAGUGUGUCACUCAAGGAGAUGUCUGAGGUUAAGGCCAUGGCUCACGGUCAGGUACUUUAUUUAUGGCUUGUUGACAUUCGAAGAAGAGAAGAUAUUUCAGCUAAAGGAGAAAUGACGAAUAUCGGGUUUUUGACUAGUCUUCCAACAGCCCAUUUCUAAAUUGCCUUUUGCCUCUGUGUCAAAACGAGUCUUUGUGCGAAAUCCUUCUUUUGAAACUCCGUUUCAUCACACUUUCAUUUUCGUGCAAAUCAAACUCCUCUCCAUAUGAAAAGUUUUCCAUGAGGACUUGUUUUGAAACAGAGACAAAAGACAACUCAGAAAUGGCCUACUGAUUUAUUAUUUUAGAAAUUAUACAUCGAAUUUAGUGCUUUUAUGAAAUUAGCAUAAAUUUUACUGUUGCUAUUACUUUAAAACCUGUUCAACCCUACUUCAAUGUGAUUGGCCCUUUUUAUUCCCUGUCACUGCAAGUUCUUUAUUCCCAGCCACUUCAAGUUCUCUUUUUUCCUUUUACAGCAGGCCUUUCGCGUUGUUCCUCUAAGAAUUCCCGUGAUGUGAACAUGAACAUUUUGCUAGGAAAUGCAUCUGGUGUCUUCCAAAGCCCCGGAUAUCCAUCCAGUUACCCGUACAAACUAAUCACACAGUGUCGUUGGAAGAUUAUAGCUCCACAAGGAAAAAUGGUACGCAUGACAUUUACAAGUUUCCAGCUGAACAUGUAUGAUUGGGUUGAGUUCACUGACAACACUGAUAAUUGGAAUCCGUAUUUUAUAACACGCAGUGGAUCAGUGCCUUCAUUUACUGUUUAUUCAACUGGGCGUGGUCAACUUGGCGUUAAGGUAAAGGGUCUAAAAGGAGAUACAGGAAAAACCGGCCCAGGAUUCAUUGCAACUUACACAAUGGUUCCAGCCGCAGUUUCAUCCGGAACUUGCAAUCCACAAGAAAACACCACUGUCCACAUGGCUGGUGAAGGAAUGAGCUUUGCAACUCCGGGAUUUCCCGAAUACCGGGGGAAAGGGGCUUGCCUUUGGAACAUCACCGUAUCUCCUGGAAAGUUUGUGAAGCUUACAUUUUGGAGUUUCAGGGCAUCAGGAUGCAAGCAAAACUAUGCGUACGUUUUUGACGUAACAAGUUCCAAAAGAAUAUUGUUGGGAAAGUUCUGUUAUAACCAAAACGAGAAUGAGCAGGUUGUUUAUUCAAAGGGAAACAAUAUGUUAGUUUCAGCUUUAUUCAUGGAGGGUGGCUUUGUUGCGACGUACGAGGCCGUUAGUAAACUCCCUGCCCCAUACUCCUGUCUAAACAAUAGGGACAUGCAUUUGAAUAAAACGUCUGGUGAAUUUGCAAGCUUCAAUUAUCCCCAUCUGUACCCUAACGGAGCUAAAUGUUCCUGGGCAAUCAACGCUCCGGCUGGUUAUCUCAUCCAGUUGACGUUUCAUUCCUUCAACUUGGAGAGUUCUGAAGAUUGCGAGGCAGAUUAUGUAACAGUUAAACAAGGCUCAUUCUAUACUUUGGCGAUGAGUGACCUGAUUGGCAGAUUCUGUGGUUCUUCUCUUCCCCCUGUUAUUCGGUCAACAUAUUCAAAUGUCUACGUGGAUUUCGUGAGUGAUAGAUCAGGAGGAUUCACAGGAUUUCAUGCAAGCUAUACUGUAUUCCCCGACCCGGCUGUGGGACCGUGCAAACUCGACGGAGUUGAUAACGUCAUUCCUAUAACUGGUGACACUGGAAAAGUUUUCUCGCCCCAGUUUCCUCCUGGCACUCCUCCUAGAAGCAAGAUGUGUACUUGGAUCAUAACAGUACCGGAAGGUCUCUUCGUGAGGUUUAGCUUGAUAUCCUACAACUUUGACGACAGUGAUGGGAAUAGGAAUACUACCCUUGAAAUUCGUGAUGGACAGAAUUCAUCAAGCGAUUUGUUGAAGUUAUAUUCCGAAUGGCCUUACACGACAGCGAAUGAGGUCUUUUCCAGCGGCCGCCAUCUUUGGGUUCAGUUCCAGUCUCCUAAGCCUGAUUGGAGUUAUAUGUUUAGGUUCAGUGCAGUUUUUGAGGCAGUGUCACAAUUACCAGCUUCGUUCUCUUGCGUGGCAAGUAAACAAAUAUUCAAUAGACACAUGAGUCUCACGGUAUUAGCACGCCAGGAAACUGGUUUGACAGUUUCAUCCGGAACUUGCAAUCCACAAGAAAACACCACUGUCCACAUGGCUGGUGAAGGAAUGAGCUUUGCAACUCCGGGAUUUCCCGAAUACCGGGGGAAAGGGGCUUGCCUUUGGAACAUCACCGUAUCUCCUGGAAAGUUUGUGAAGCUUACAUUUUGGAGUUUCAGGGCAUCAGGAUGCAAGCAAAACUAUGCGUACGUUUUUGACGUAACAAGUUCCAAAAGAAUAUUGUUGGGAAAGUUCUGUUAUAACCAAAACGAGAAUGAGCAGGUUGUUUAUUCAAAGGGAAACAAUAUGUUAGUUUCAGCUUUAUUCAUGGAGGGUGGCUUUGUUGCGACGUACGAGGCCGUUAGUAAACUCCCUGCCCCAUACUCCUGUCUAAACAAUAGGGACAUGCAUUUGAAUAAAACGUCUGGUGAAUUUGCAAGCUUCAAUUAUCCCCAUCUGUACCCUAACGGAGCUAAAUGUUCCUGGGCAAUCAACGCUCCGGCUGGUUAUCUCAUCCAGUUGACGUUUCAUUCCUUCAACUUGGAGAGUUCUGAAGAUUGCGAGGCAGAUUAUGUAACAGUUAAACAAGGCUCAUUCUAUACUUUGGCGAUGAGUGACCUGAUUGGCAGAUUCUGUGGUUCUUCUCUUCCCCCUGUUAUUCGGUCAACAUAUUCAAAUGUCUACGUGGAUUUCGUGAGUGAUAGAUCAGGAGGAUUCACAGGAUUUCAUGCAAGCUAUACUGUAUUCCCCGACCCGGCUGUGGGACCGUGCAAACUCGACGGAGUUGAUAACGUCAUUCCUAUAACUGGUGACACUGGAAAAGUUUUCUCGCCCCAGUUUCCUCCUGGCACUCCUCCUAGAAGCAAGAUGUGUACUUGGAUCAUAACAGUACCGGAAGGUCUCUUCGUGAGGUUUAGCUUGAUAUCCUACAACUUUGACGACAGUGAUGGGAAUAGGAAUACUACCCUUGAAAUUCGUGAUGGACAGAAUUCAUCAAGCGAUUUGUUGAAGUUAUAUUCCGAAUGGCCUUACACGACAGCGAAUGAGGUCUUUUCCAGCGGCCGCCAUCUUUGGGUUCAGUUCCAGUCUCCUAAGCCUGAUUGGAGUUAUAUGUUUAGGUUCAGUGCAGUUUUUGAGGCAGUGUCACAAUUACCAGCUUCGUUCUCUUGCGUGGCAAGUAAACAAGUGUUCGAGUUAACUUCAGAGAAGGGAUCUCUGGCUAGCUUCAACUAUCCUCUGCCUUACGACCUUUAUCCCGUCGAUUGUCUCUGGACCAUCACUGUGAACAAAUACAAGCAAAUUGAACUGUCCUUCGAUGUCUUCAAUUUAUCUGGCUCUACACCCAAGUGUUUAGAUUCGGAUUACGUGGAGUUUGGAAACGGCAAUGCGACAUUUGCGAAACGUAUGCAAAGAUUGUGUGGAUCAGGAAAACCUUCUACUAUAAAAUCAAAGGAUUCGGUGAUGUGGUUUAGGUUCGUGUCUACCGGAAAGACGAAGUAUCCGGGAUUUAAGGCGAGCUACAAAUCAGUAGUGUCUACAUUAGCCGUUCUGAAGAUUGUGGCAAUUUGUGUUGGAGUAAUUGCUCUUUGCGUGCUGAUCGGAAUUCUAAGCUACAAAUACUGGAAGUCCCGGCGAAAUCGAGCUCGGUGUCCCAUUGUUCUGAGAUUGAACGGUGGCGAAGAUCAGGGGACGCUUCUGCAAGAUCAAGGCACGAGCCUGUAGCUUGUUUUAAAAGCGAAGGGAAUGUCAGUUCGACUAUGAAGUUUCUUUGAGUGUGAAACAAUGUUGAUUUCUGUAUGCUUUCUUCAAGAUUUGCGACGUGUAUGAAACUUGGUAUAUCAAUUUUUUUUAAAAAAAUGUCUAUUUAAAAGGGAUGGUAAUUUCUUUUGCUCGGCACAUGUACACGGUUCAUGUGUAGCCUGUCUACAGCCGCCCCCUCUCCUCAAAAAAAUCGGGGAGAGAGGCGGCUGUACACAGCUACACAUAUGCAAAUCACAACGUUUGCCUAUUCUAUUCCAUUAUUUAUGAGACACUUGAAAGCGAGCUCAUGACUCGCGCGAAAUUUUCCUUUGAGUCUUGAAAACGCAGCGAUGUAUUUUCCGACUUCCCAUGUACCACUCUACUCUAUUGCCUAUCACCCAAUCGGAUGCGAGUAAGUAACUCUUGCGAGUGUCCAGAAUAAGUUUUUCGGACAAAAUAUUAAAUUCCAUGUUCAAUACUAAAUUCGAUCUUUUUUCUGUAAAUCCGUUGACGAAGUAUUUUCCACGAAAGUUGGGAAUCAGCCAACCUUCAUUCACAAAUUGUAGUCUAACUGAGAAGAGCACUUUUGUGUAAUUUUUUUUUACCACACAUGAGCAGCUGUUUAAGUCAUUGAAAUGUUAAGGAUUUUUUUUUUGUAGAUUUUCAUGUAUGGCAAUCAUGGUAAAGGUUAAUAAACUAUCGGGUCAACUUAUUUAUUAUUAAUCAA